AAUUUUCACUUAAUACAAUUAAAUAGUUACGUCAAAUAAUCCGAUAAGAUGAAGGACAUAAAAGCAGAUACUCCUCCAUCCUCCAUAAACGGUGACGAAAUUGGAAACAUGGAAGACGAGGAUGGGGUAAUAUAUUUUGACGAAAUAGAGGAAAUACAAUUCGAUGAAGAGGAUAUGGAAGAAAUUAUGGACCAGGAGGCUGAAGAGAUCGAAAUGGAGAAGCCUGAAGAUCAGGCUUUACUAGUAUUUGAAAAACACACAGGGUCGGUCUUCUGUUGCGACUUACAUCCUAAUGGAAAGCUCGCAGUCUCAGGGGGUGAAGACGAUAAAGCGUACGUGUGGUCAGUCGAAAAUGGCGAGAUUGUAAUGGAUUGUCCUAAGCAUAAAGACUCAGUAAUAUUCACAGGAUUUAGUUUUGAUGGUGCAUAUUUGGCAACCAUUGACAUGACCGGUGUCAUUAAGGUGUGGAAGUGCCAGCUGGAAGAUAAUCAGCAAGGACCCUGGCCAUUGGCUUUUGAAUAUGAAGCAGAUGAGACUAGUUGGGGACUUUGGCACUUUGCAGCUAGAGUUCUCAUUUGUGGAGGGGAAUCUGGGAAUAUCUAUGUCAUUAAAAUACCAUCGGGAGAGACAAAAGUCCUACAGGGGCACACUGUAGCAGCUGAAUGUGGGAAGUUAUUUAAAGAUGGCAAAAGAUUAGCAGUUGGUUAUGAAGAUGGUUCAGUGAAAGUUUGGGAUUUAAGAAAUAAUACAGCUCUACAAACAAUUUCAUCUUCCAUACAUCAAAGUCGUAUUACUGCAGUUGAUACACAUCCAGACAACAAUUUGAUGGCAUCAAUAUCUGCUGAUGGUACAGUUGUCCUAUCUACAUCUACAAAUGGAAAAAUUGUUGCACAGUUUGAAGCUGAAAAGGAAUUAGAAACUGUUGCUUUCAGUCCCGACCCACAAUUAGGGUUACUUGCUUUAGCCACAUUGACUGGGUCUGUUUCAAUAUGGGAUACCUCAAGGCAGAUGUUGAGACACCAUUGUUCGAAAGUGGAGGAGGACAAAACUGGAGGUGUCACCAAAAUGCUGUGGGUCAAAGACCAACUAGUCACUGGAUGCCUCAAUGGUUCCGUCAGAGUGUACAACGGAAGGUCUGGGGAAAAGAGUUUUGGCCUAACGGGACACUGGUCGGAGAUUCUGGAUCUAAUUUACAACGAGAAAGAGAAUAUCCUACUGACAGCGUCAGAUGAUAAAACAGCAAGGAUAUUUAAAUUUGGAAAGGUGGAUGAUAAAGACUAAUUUUAUGUUAGUAUAAUAUCUCUGGAAUAUUGAUGUACAUUAUUUGUAUGUGGUUCUCUGUUUCACAAUAUUAUAACAUUUAAUCUAA